AUGUCGGGGUCCCGGAUGUCGGGGUCCCGGCCGGGGCGCGGCGAGCCGGGGGCCGGGGGCGCGCGGCGGGCGCGGGAGCCGCCGGAGCAGGAGCUGCGGCGCCGCCGGGAGCAGAGGCGGCGGCGCCACGACGCGCAGCAGCGGCAGCAGCUCCAGCACCUGGAGUCCUUUUAUGAGAAACCUCCUCCAGGGCUCAUCAAGGAAGAUGAGACGAAGCCGGAGGACUGUAUACCAGAUGUGCCAGGCAACGAGCAUGCCAGGGAAUUCCUGGCUCACGCGCCAACCAGAGGGCUCUGGAUGCCCCUGGGGAAGGAGGUCAAAGUGAUGCAGUGUUGGCGCUGUAAACGGUACGGUCACCGAACGGGCGACAAAGAAUGCCCUUUCUUUAUCAAAGGCAACCAAAAGUUAGAGCAGUUCAGAGUAGCACAUGAAGAUCCCAUGUAUGACAUCAUCCGAGAGAAUAAAAGACAUGAGAAGGAUAUAAGGAUACAGCAGUUAAAGCAGCUGCUGGAGGAUUCCACCUCAGAUGACGAUGGGAGCAGCUCCAGCUCCUCGGAAUGUAGGGAGAGGCACAGGAAGAGGAAGAAGAAAGAAAAGCAUAAGAAGAAGAAGAAAGAGAAGAAAAGGAAGAAGAAACGGAAGCAUAAGUCUUCCAAGUCAAGUGAGAGCUCGGACUCGGACUGA